AUGAACCCAGACGAUGAGCAUGACCGGUCAUCCUCCACGCCAAAUGGCACCUCCAAGCAGCCGGAUAAAGAUAAGCCUCGCCUUACCGAGCAAGAGAAGAAGAGCAACCACAUUGCCUCAGAGCAAAAACGGCGUGCGGCCAUUCGUGAGGGCUUCGAUCGGUUGACAGAACUGGUGCCUGGCCUGGAGGGUCAGGGUCGGAGUGAAAGUAUCGUUCUACAAAAGACAGUGGACUUCAUCCACGUGAAGCUCCAAGAACGGCACGAUCUCAUCGCAGAGAUCGAGAGAAAAGGCGGCCGUGUGGAUGACUCCUUCCGCCCGACGUGA